AUGCUCUCCCGCCGCAUCGCCGCGGCACGUCCGCUGACCCGGGUGAUCCCCACCACCCGCCCAUCCCUCACUCAGAUCCGCAACAUCACCCAGGCCGACAUCGACGACCCCAAUAUGAACGGCGGCUACGAACAGCCUCCGCCCAUCAAGCGCCAACUCCGCGAUCCCUACGGCGACUGGUGGGACAAGCAGGAGCGCCGCAACUACAACGAGCCAGUGCACGAGGACAACGACAUUCUGGGCGUCUUCUCGCCGGAAGAAUACCGCCACUUUGGAGCAGGUUGGGGCGGUGUGCUGAUGGGGACAUUUGUGCUGAGUGUGGUGGGCUUGGGCUUGACGGUGAAGCUGUUCUAUCCCGAUAAGAAGGCGGUGCCGCGGACGUUCCCGGAUGGACUAGAGGUUGAGCUAGGAGGGCCCAGUGUGCUGCUUGCCAAGAAACCAGGCGAAGAUACUUACCCAUAG